AUGAUUGUAAUUCUGCUGAUGAAUAUGUUGAUGGUAUUAUACAGUGGUGGUCAAGAAUCGGAGCCCCCAGUCCUUCCACCAGAGCUUCCACUUGCACCUGAAAGAAAUCUGAACAAUAUCACGUUCUUCAAUGGGGUCUUUCAAAAUGUGGACAGCGUUGCAUUGUUUUUUGACUGCCUGGGUUCUCACUUCACUUGGCUCCAGUCCAUAUUCACUAACUUCCCUGCGCUGCUCCAUUUCGUGAACAAAAUGAGGUGUGUAACUGGACUUUGCCCCAGGGAUUUUGAAGACUAUGGCUGCUCUUGCCGGUUCGAGAUGGAAGGGCUCCCUGUGGAUGAAGCGGACAGCUGCUGUUUCCAGCACCGCAAAUGCUACGAAGAAGCCAUGGAGCUGGAGUGCUCCUGGGACCCUGCCAAGAUUUCUAUGGACAUCAGCUGUCUUACUAAAAACAUUACCUGUGAGUCUAGGGAUCCUUGUGAACGGCUUCUCUGCAAUUGUGACAAAGCGGCUAUUGAGUGUUUUGUCAAUUCACAUGUUAACUCUUCCUUGAAUGGCCUGGAUGUCUCCUUCUGUCCAGCUCAGGUUACAGAAACAACUAGCAAGAAAGGAUUGACAACACUUCAUAUGGAGGAGCUUCUUUACCAAAAGGCUGAUAAACCACUGCUGACAACUACUUCCAUGACAGAAGGAAGUCCACCUGCGGCCAGCAAUACCAGCUUGAAAACCCCCACUUCUGAUUCUACUCCCAGAGAGCUCAGCAAUGCACAGGGGAGAACGCCCAAAGCAGAAUUUAUUGAGAGAGAUCACGAAGGCAUAUUUGCUUCCUUCAUGGAUCCCACACUAACAGUUACUACAGUGAAGAUCACAGCCACACCAGCAGCUGCAACUGAAAUUCAGAGGGGGCAGGAAGGCGAUUUAAUUGUAAGUGUACCUUCAGGAGUUACAGAGGAUGCUUUCCCUAUGAAAGGGCCAACCACAGCCCCAGCCGGUAUUAACUCAACAGGGCCAGACGUGAUCCCCACUGAAAACGAUCCCACCACGACAACAGAACAAGAGACAAGCUUUAAGAUAGGAGAAGCGAGCACAGCUUCCUCUGCGAUAUCCCCAGAAGUGACACUUGCUGAGAGGGGGCCUGAUGAAGCUAUCAGACAAGUCUGUGACAGAUUCACCUUUCUGCAAAUGAGAGGGAACGGAAAGGUGAAGCAGGAGCUGCCUCAGCUAGGAGAAAUGCUGUUUUGCUUGACUGAUCGAUGCCCACAGGAAUUUGAAUCUUAUGGUUGCUACUGUGGCCAAGAAGGAAGAGGUUACCCUACAGAUGUACUGGACAGGUGCUGUUUCUCCCAUCAGUGCUGUAUAGAACAAGUUAAAAAACUCGGGUGCCAGCCACAGGGAAGUUUGAGAUCUGAAGUUUUAUGUUUAGAUCAUAAACCAAAGUGCAUUGGCUGGAGCAUGUGCGAGAAGCUACUGUGUACCUGUGAUAAGACAGCUGCUGAGUGUAUGGCUGCCGCCUCUUUUAAUGAAAGCUUGAGGUUUCUAACCAGGCGAGCAUGCCAAGAGAACACAGCCUCAUGUCGGAGUGGAAUAGCUGAAAGGCCUGCAGGUGACACUGGAGUAGGCACCAGAACCUCCAGCUCUGAGGAGAGCAGCGAGGAGGCAGGUCCAUGGAGGAGUGCUUUAAGAAGAAUAAAGAGAGCUGCACGCCACCCCCGGGAAAAAGCCAGAGCCACACCACAGGAGAGAUAGCCAAGUCUCUAUAUCCAAUUGGGAAGUGGCAUGGAGGGUGCCACCAUCAGCCGCUGCGUAUCCUAUUUUAUCUUAUCUUUGUAAAGUCUCUCUUACAUUUUCAUACAGACCCCAGAUUGAAUUACAGACUAGGUAACAGGUUAUAUAUGUUAGGAUAUAGAACUCUGUUCUACAGGGAAACCUGCCUUAAGGACCAUUCCCAUCUGUCUUACAUGAUUAUUUGAAAGUAUCCAGUAGUUUUGUUCAGCUGUUUUGUAACGACUCUUCUGUCAGGUGACUGAUUUUUGCUAACACCUCUGGCGCUUGGUUACAAUUUAUUUUGUUUUGUAUUGGAAAUGAGAUGCGUCUCACUGGAAACAAACACACACAGAAUUGAAGGGUUGGAAUUAGAAUUUGAUACAUUUUCAUAUUACAUGCCACUAUAUGUGUAGUUAAUGCAGAACUCUUCCAUGAUAGUAAAAUACUAAGCUUAAGAUCUAUGCUAUACUAGUUGUGUAACUAUGGUAAAAUUUUCUGGCCAAUAUCCUUCUCGAAUAUUCAGGGUCAGGGUGGGAGGAGAUGAAGAAAAUCUGUCCAGACGCGUCUCCAAAAAAAUGUGUAGUAUGAGCAGAUGUUUGCGGUACCUCUAAAGAGGUCAGCCAUCUAGGCUUCAAGGUGUCACAGAGCAAGUUCUCCCUUCAACAACAUGGAGCCCCUUCCUUUUACAUCGUUGGCCUUAGUUUCCUGUUUAUCCCCAUUUGCUGUGAAUUUUCUUGCCCUGCCUCCUACUGGAUCUGCAUGUCAAUGGGCAAUUGUAACAUGCUGCAGAGUUUUAUAGGUCUCCAAUUUCCCUUUUGUAUAUUAUGUAGACAGGGAGCACAGUGGCAUCUUCUGAUCAGAACUAGUGCACAUGGGCCAAAUGCGUGGGGAAGCCUGCAUCUCUAAAGGCCAUGCUGUGACUGUUCUUUGGAGAAACAAACUUCAGCUUCCAGGAAUAUGGCAUGAUGCCAAAAGUACUAAUUUAAUAGAUUUCUCAAAUUAAACUACAUUUUCCCUUCCUUUGGCCCAUUGUCACGCUCCCCUUAUGCCAUCUGCAUGGAAUCAGUGGAGUUACACUGUUAAACUAUAGCAGCAAAUCAGCCUCUUUCCUGUCCCCCUUUUAAAAAACAAAACAAAACACACCAUUGUGAGCUGUAAUGAGACCUUUGAGGAGCGGGUGGGAGAAAAUUAAAAAUCCUUAUUCCCAGAAUCAUUGAAAAAUUGACCUGGGAACAAUAGCAAAUCUAGAGUACUCUGCGCUUUUUGCUGCUUUCUGUGGCAGCUACGAUUUAUGAUGAUGAUGAUGGAUGGUUCCAGCCCUUUCCAUUGCAGGGUUUUCUGGAUGACUUGCUUAAUAGGACAAUACUGAUUUAUAUAGGUAAGGCUAUUGCUACUUAGCAGCUAAGCAAUGAAGUACAUGCAAUGAGGUGUUAUUUUCAAAGCUUUGAUGUGACCAAUUAAAUGUUAAUGCUAGGAAGCAUAUUAUAUCCUUAAUCAAAUCUCACAGAGUUAAAUCAACAGCAGCUUCAUUGCUUUCGAUGCUGGCAUAUGUUCUGGCGCCAAUUUUAAUCUCAUUGCUUCAUCUCAGUUCUGAUUAGAACCAACAGUGCAAUGGGAUCCAUAGAUUUUAAACCCAGAAGGGACCAAAAUCACCUCCUCUAACCUCCUGCAUAGCAAGACCAUAAAAUAUCAGUCAAUGGGACUAGUCAGAUGUUUCAGAAUGAGUAGGGACGUGUGUAUGUUUCAGAGGUCACGGUCUUGAACAGAACAGGCUCUUCCCUCCAGUCCAUUCCAUGCUUUGCAAUUCUUGGUCUCCUAAAACUCACAGCAGAUAUGGAGUUGUGAACAAGAAAUUCUCCCUGGUGGCUAAAUAAAUGUUUAACCAGUUUGUAUGAAAGUUUUUUUUUAAAUUUUGACUUUGAAUUGUGUAUGAAAAUAAAAGACAGGUUGCCUGGGAUAUUUUCUUCAUUAUCUAAAAAAAUCUAAGCAAGUUUUUAGUUUGGAAGUUAAAUUAAAGCAGUCUGCCACUUUCUGAUUUAUGACCUAAAAUAUUAAAUAUAAUCCGAUCUCCUAUAUUAGAGUAAAUAUUUCAUUUUUCGUAUUUGCAGAAGAUUUCUGGUGGUGCUGUCAUAGUACGCUUUAACUUAAUUAUAUCUAUAAAAUUACUGACAAUCUUUACUACAACUGUUGAUUUGAUUUUACUGUAAAUGUGUGAAAUGGAUAUUCAAACAGAAAAUUAACUUGAAGUAAACAGUUGACAGUGUAAUAAAACCAAAAUGUUUUCAAAUGUCACCCCCUUUCAGGCUCCUCUUGAAACAAAUGAAGAAUUUCCACUAACAUUUUUUACAAUAAAGACACUUGCUACUAACUUAUAAUUGCAACAUCUUAUCUUUAUUAUAGUGAUUAUAGAAAUUGUUUCAGUAUUUCCUGUCUAGAUUCCUGUUUUAAGGGUCUGCAACUUAGUCAUCAGAACUUUGCUCUGUGUUGAGUGCAAGGACGUUGUGUGGUCCAACAAUUAAAGCAAAGGCUCUGGAAGCAGAAGGCCUGCGUAGGUUCUUCCACAUCAUGACGUUGUGUGUCUUUGCCCAUGUCAUCUGGUCUUUUUGCCUUAGUCAGUAUUGUGAGAACGUUAGGUAAAUAUGCAAAAUUCCCUUAAAAUCCAGUGCUGCAUCAGAAUGUUCUUUGAUAACUAAGUUAUCAUAAAACCAAGGCAUAUAGGAUACUUACUGUCUUUUUAAAAAAGCAGUACAAGAUUAGACCACUGUGGAAAACGCCACAGUGCAGCGGGCUGGAUUAGAUGACCUUCCAGUCCUGCAUUUCUUUGCUAAUCAUUUGCAACACGGAGCAAAACCAGUAGAGAGUGAGCUCGCUUCAGUGACAGAGCAGAGGAUUACUGUGGGUCUGCUGGAGGUACAAGUUACCAUCACAGUUCAUAAUUAAGAAAGCUGCUAGCAAAUGUUUAGGGAAAUGUCCCACACAUAAGGAGUGAAAAUCCUGACCUCAUAGAUGUUAAUGGGAGUUUUUCCAUUGCAUUCUAUGGGACCCGGAUUCCCGCCCAGGACUUUUAGGAAAAGCCCACCAAAGGAAUAGCAACAUGAAAAACUGAAGGAAGGGAUAGUAUGUGGUUGUGAAUCCUCCCGUUAGUGGAAGGAAUCACUUCCCUCAUUAUCAAGUGAAGUAAUACACCUUUUAAAAUACAAGAUUGGUGACGAAAACUGAUAGAAAGAUCUAAGCCUACAACCCCGCACUAACAUUUAAUCACAAAAGGUGUGAAGGUUGGCAAAGUGGAGGGUUGGCAAAGUGACUUGAGAAAUUACAUCCACAGGCAAAUCCAAACGAACCUCACACUUUCCUUCAAGAUGCACUGCUGGGUCCAAAAAUGAUCAUUUAAAUAUCCACUUCAGCAAAAAAACAGGAUUAAUCUACAAAAUGUCACUGCCCGUUCUUUUCAUCUGACACUGAGGAUGAGUUUUGAUACUGAACAAUAGGCAUUCAUACUAAUUUCAGAACUGGACUUUUAGAAGUUAACAGCCUUUUUGGCAAAAUGACCGCAAUUUGUUUUCUACCCCAUGUCAUUUACAAAUAAAAAGUGACAACAAAAAGGUCAGUCAGCUAAUUAGCUGAAAGGAAAAACCGGCCUUUGAAAGAAAUGAAUUUGACAAUUAGCAAAGUCAAAUGAGCACAAGCUAAUUCCUCUAAUAUAGAUUGAUACUGCUGCUUUGAAACUCUCAGAUAAAACUAAUGUUUUAAAGAAAUCCUUUCUGGCAACUGUUAGGAUUUAAUAUUAGAUGCAGAACUUUCCAGCUCAUAAUGAACACAGUAGGCUCAUUCAGAGAUAAAGUUACAUGCCAAUAAUGCCUACAUCAGCUUUAUUUAGCUUCAUAGACUGCUCCAUUCAAAUUAUCCUUACCUACCUUAUGUUAGACAGACUACAUUAUAAGCAUGCUGCUAUUUUACCAUGACAGUUAGAUAAAGUCACGAAUACUUUCUGCGGGAAUAUUCCCCACCUCUGGCAUUUCAUAAAGAAUUUAACAUUCACUAAGCCAGUUAACAUUACUACUUAUAUCUAAACCUGUACAAAUUAAUCUCCAAUCCUGAAAAGAAUUUACUCACAUGCUUAAUUUUGCUCAUUGAGUAAGCCCACUGAAGUCAUUGAGAUUACUCAGUGUGUAACGUUAAGCAAAUGCAUAAGUGCUUGGAGGAUCAAUGCCUAUAAAAAUGAAAUCUUAACUGAGCAUCAACUGUAUUUAAUCACCGUUAGAGUUCAAUGAACAGAAUCCAUCUCCAUGAUAUAUAUAACAAUUAAAUGAAGCAGAAAUCUAUGAAAGGAAUUUCUAUUUAGAUCCAAACCACACUAACUUUUUAGGUCCAAACCACAGUGUAACUUGUAACUCUACUUGUAACUGGUAAGGAGUAUGGUUGGCUAAAAGCAUGCUGUGUGUCUAUAGUAGGCAGUGUUAAUACCCUUAGCACAAUGGGGUCCUGGUCCAUGAAGGGCUCCUAAGUAAUUAAGAGCUAAUGACUGCUUACUGCCUCUGCUAGAUAAUUAGUCUGGCAUGUGAUCUGGUUGCUGUAACCAUUUAGGCACACUUAUUUUUGCCUGUGGCCUAAUCAGUAGCAUAGACUUGAGUUCAAUCAACAGUCCCACCGGAGUUUGGGAACCCAAACUACAUUCAAAGUCCUCUGACAUUUCAGGAAUAUAGUAACCUUGAUCCAAAAAAUCAGUAGGACUAGCUUUAUUUGCAGUACUGUGACCCCCAAAUGUAGAUUUCCCUGUGCCAGAGUAUGGCCUGGCAGCAAUAGUCCUGUAUUCUUGGGUAGUCUCUAAACUGCUAUGACUACUCUACUACCCAGAAUGAAGUUGCUGUCAUAGAUUUGGAUUUGUUCUGGCAGCUGCUUGUUCAUGCAGGGCUGCUCUAUAUUUAAAAGGUAGGUUGACAUAACUACAGUAGUCCAGGGUGUGAAAAAGCCAAUACAGCUAACUCCCAGUGUAGAUGAAGCCAUGUUGUUGGAAGAAUGCUUUUGUGACAGCUACUUUAGUUUAGGAAAGUGAUAUUCCUACACUGAUGGAGAAAUCCGGUUCGGUGGGCUAGGCUGGGUGUACACUAUAGGGUGAAAGCAAUGUCAGAGCCUCCUUAGUGUAAAGACAGCCACCCCCCCCUGCCCCACAUACUCACACCGCCAAACACAUAUGAUCCAGACAGCCAUGACAUCGUCCUGCCAGUGGGCAGAGUUUGACCUGGCCCAGAAUUUGCCCUCAUUGUUCAAUUUGACAUUAUAAAUGGACAGAGGCCCUUCAUUUGUCUUCACCUGGUUUACGCAUCACCUCACUCAGAAUGUAGCUACCCCUUUCUGCCCUGCAUUGCUUCUGGGCUGUCCCACCAAAAUCCGUAAGCUAGUAAUCACUGCAAUCUGGAGGGCCAGGAAGGGCUCCAUGAUGCAAAAUAGUCACUUUUUGAGACAGAGGAUUAUGGGAUUUGUGAAAGAAAGCCUAGGCAUAAAGGGGGGCAGGGGAGAUGGUUCUUAAAGAUAGCAUAGUGCACAGGCUAUCCAGAACACACCCCUAAAAAAGUUAGAAGAAUGCUAGGUUCGGGAUGAGGGGGGCCAAAUAGGCUGUGAUGGUAGAAAAACUGUGUUUGGACAAAACCCCCAACAUAUUAACCUGUAAGUAUAAGCUGACCAUGCAUCUAGCUGGUUGCAAAAUCAUAGUGUAGC